AUGGCUCCGAAGCUGCUGCUCCUGCUCUGCCUCUUCUCGGGCUUGCACGCACGGUCCAGGAAGGUGGAAGAGGAUGAAUAUGAAGACUCAUCGUCAAACCAAAAGUGGGUCCUGGCUCCAAAAUCCCAGGACACUGACGUGACUCUUAUUCUCAACAAGCUGCUGAGAGAAUAUGAUAAAAAGCUGAGGCCGGAUAUUGGAAUAAAACCGACCGUAAUUGAUGUUGACAUUUAUGUUAACAGCAUUGGUCCUGUGUCAUCGAUAAACAUGGAAUACCAAAUUGAUAUAUUCUUUGCUCAGACCUGGACAGACAGUCGCCUUCGGUUCAACAGCACAAUGAAAAUACUGACUCUGAACAGCAACAUGGUGGGGUUGAUAUGGAUCCCAGACACGAUCUUCCGCAAUUCUAAGACAGCAGAGGCUCACUGGAUCACCACACCCAAUCAGCUACUCAGAAUUUGGAAUGACGGGAAAAUCCUUUACACUUUAAGGCUUACCAUCAACGCAGAGUGCCAGCUGCAACUGCACAACUUCCCCAUGGACGAGCACUCCUGCCCACUGGUCUUCUCCAGCUAUGGCUACCCCAAAGAAGAAAUGAUUUAUAGAUGGAGAAAAAAUUCAGUUGAGGCAGCUGAUCAGAAGUCGUGGCGGCUUUAUCAGUUUGACUUCAUGGGCCUCAGAAACACCACGGAAAUCGUGACGACAUCUGCAGGUGACUAUGUUGUCAUGACUAUAUAUUUUGAAUUGAGUAGAAGAAUGGGAUACUUCACUAUUCAGACAUACAUUCCCUGUAUACUGACUGUGGUUUUAUCCUGGGUAUCAUUUUGGAUCAAAAAAGAUGCUACACCAGCAAGAACAGCAUUAGGCAUCACCACGGUCCUGACCAUGACCACUCUCAGCACCAUAGCCAGGAAGUCCUUGCCACGCGUGUCCUACGUGACGGCCAUGGACCUGUUCGUCACCGUGUGUUUCCUGUUCGUCUUCGCCGCGCUGAUGGAGUACGCCGCCCUCAACUACUACUCCAGCUGCAGGAAGCCGGCCGCCCGGAGGGCCGCGCAGUUGUUACAUCCAGAUUCCUCAAGAUGGAUUCAUGAGCGAAUAGGCCUGCAAGCCCCCUCCAACUACUCUCUCCUCGAUAUGAGGCCACCCCCACCUGCGAUGAUCACUUUAAACAACUCCGUGUACUGGCAGGAGUUUGAAGAAACCUGUGUCUAUGAGUGUCUGGAUGGCAAGGACUGCCAGAGCUUCUUCUGCUGCUAUGAAGAAUGUAAAUCGGGGUCCUGGAGAAAGGGACGCAUUCACAUAGACAUCUUGGAGCUGGACUCGUACUCCCGGGUCUUUUUCCCUACGUCAUUCCUGCUCUUUAACCUGGUCUAUUGGGUCGGAUACCUGUAUCUCUGA